AUGUUCGUCCGUUCCCUUUUCCUUGCACUUCUCCUGGCCACCAUCGUGGCUGCCGACAUCGACUUUAGUACUUGUGCCAGAAUGGAUGUUCCUAUUCUUAAAAAAGCGGCUCAGGGGUUGUGCAUUACCAGCUGCAGUAUGCAAAACUGUGGAACCGGUUCAUGCAAGAAACGAAGCGGUCGUCCGACUUGUGUGUGUUACCGGUGUGCAAAUGGAGGAGGAGAUAUUCCACUUGGUGCUCUUAUUAAGAGAGGAUAA